CCUCCUUUCUCUCCUACCGCAACGCCACCAUUUCCCCAAGAAGGGAGAGCGCCCGAACGGCCGAUUUUCCCAAGGUUUCCAAACCCCAUCCAAACAGGGGAAAAGCUUUUCUUUUGUUUUUUUUCUCAAGCGAUGGCGAAGCAGAGGGAGACGGAGGAGACGACGGAGCUCAAGGUCCCCGAUGGCCUCGGCCUCUGUGCCGCCGAUUGCUCCUUCUCCGGCAACUCUCCUGUUGCCCCCGCGGCCGCCGACACCUGCCAGAAGCGCUUCAACGAUACCGCCGACCUCUCGACACCAUCCGACUCGAGCCGUGAGGCUCCCGCCGUCCGAUCGCCUGCCGAGGCUGAUGCAGGGUCGUCGCCGGAGCCGUCUGGCGGAGAUCGGCGAAAACGGCCGGAGCCGCCGGUGGAUGAGGCCGCUCGCCGUCCUAACCGCUGCUUCGGGUGUCGGAAAAGGGUGGGUUUGACUGGAUUCCGGUGUCGCUGCGGCGAGCUGUUCUGCGGGGAGCACCGGUACUCCGAUCGGCACGAGUGUAAGUUUGACUACAAGGCCGCUGGGAGGGAGGAGAUCGCGCGUGCGAAUCCCGUAGUGAGGGCGGCGAAGAUCAUCAGGAUCUGAGGACAGACGGUAUUAUGGUCUUCGGUGUUUCGCUUUCUCAUCUCUUCUAUGCGAAGAGAAAUGUAAAAGGAAGGGGUGAAGGGAAUCCAAGGGAAGAAAGGGGAAAUUUUCUGUUCUUUGAAUUUCUUUGUGAACAAAUGCAAGAACAAAUUUGUACGUGUUGGCUUUCCAGAUCAUUAGGGUACACAACAUUUAAUUUUUGAUA